AUUUAAUUGGUCGCGUCUUGAGCUUCCGUGUUGGGUGUUUUGUCUAUGCCAUCGAAGAUCACAGUUGAAUGCGAGCUUCACUCCUCACUGCUGCCCUUCCUUCACACAUAUCCCCAAUCUCAAUCCUACUUAUAAACACUUUACCUUUGUCCACCUCUCUCUCUCUCUCUCUGUUAUUUACGUUUUACUUUAUUUUAUUAAUUCAUGUAAAUCAAGAUUAGGGUUUAUCUCAAUUUGCUCUGUACAAUUUUAAAUCAGAACUUGUGUUUUUAUUCACUCUCCCCACCCUGCUGCGGCAAUAUUAGGGAUGCUAUUUUCAUGCUGCAAAUCCAGUUUCUCACAAGUAAUUGAGAACGUGUUAGGGUUAGGGUUUUAAAUUCUUAUGCAUUUCAUUUGAACCAACAUGGAGAGCACGCGCAGAUCCUUGGAUAGAUCCAGAGAACCGGGUCCCAAGAAGCCACGAUUGAUCGACGAACUCGGCGCACGACAGUUACCUCAACGACAACAAGGGUCUGGGGCAGUUGCUACGUUGGCAUCUGUGAGGUUUCGAACGAAUGACAGAGACUCCGAAAGCAGCGAUUCUGGUCGUGGUGGCGGGUACCAGCCUCAGCCUCCGCCGCACCAAGAGCUUGUUGCUCAGUACAGGACCGCCCUUGAUGAGCUCACUUUCAAUUCGAAGCCCAUAAUUACCAAUUUGACUAUUAUUGCUGGAGAGAACCAAUCUGCUGCCAAGUCAAUUGCUGCCACGGUUUGUGCUAACAUUCUAGAGGUUCCAAGUGAUCAAAAACUGCCAUCUCUUUAUCUCUUGGACAGUAUUGUUAAGAACAUCGGGCAGGAUUAUAUAAAAUAUUUUGCUGCCAGACUGCCUGAGGUAUUCUGCAAGGCAUACAGACAGGUUGAUCCUUCGGUACAUUCAAGUAUGAAACAUUUAUUUGGAACUUGGAAAGGAGUCUUUCCUCCUCAGUGCCUUCAGAUGAUUGAGAAGGAACUUGGCUUUGCACCUGCGGUCAAUGGCUCAGCUUCAGUUUCUGCUACAGUCAGGAGUGAUUUGCAGUCACAACGGCCACCUCAUAGUAUCCAUGUGAAUCCCAAAUAUUUAGAAAGGCAGCGUCUUCAGCAAUCAAGUAGGAGUAAAGGAGGAGUUAAUGAUAUGACUGGAGCUAUUUUAAAUUCAAAUGAGGAUUCAGAGAGGCCAGAUAGGGCUUUGGGUGCUUCACGUCCGUGGCUGGAUCCUAGGAUUAACAUGCAGAAUAAUCAGCACAUUCAUAGAGAUGCAUUUAAUGAUUCUGUUCCUGAAAAGAACUUUGGUGGAUCAUAUGGGGGCAGUGAAUACAGUUCUGGCAUUUCAAGUAAUUUGGUUUCAGUGGCUGGAAGAACUGCAAGUAGGCUUGUUGAUUUAGGACAUGACAAAACAUGGUUCAAAACAGGUGGUGAUGAUGCAGAGAUCAUAUCUGGGCAAAGAAAUGGUAUCAGUCUGAAGCGUAGUUUUUCAAAUCAUGAUGCACCAAAGUCCAUGAAUUUGGAUCCACAUCGUCAGCCAAGACCAAACUUAAUGCCAGGUAAUUGGAAAAAUUCUGAAGAGGAGGAGUUCACGUGGGAUGAGAUGAACUCUGGUUUGAUUGAUCAUGGUCCCAAUGUCUCAAGCAAUUUGAGCAGAGACUCAUGGAUGGCCGAAGAUGAAAAUUUGGAAGGUGAAGACCACCACCAAAUCACUCGCCAUUUUAAGAAACAAAUACCUGGUUUUGGGGGCCAUCCACCAUCAUCAUGGCAAUUGCAGAAGCACCACCCAGUUGAUAAGCUGAAUCUGAAGCCAGGUUAUUCAGAAGCAUUUGUGUCUACUCUUGGUGGUUUACCAGCCAACGCAAGUUCGUUGGCUGUCAAGAAGGUGAACCAGUCUUUUAUGCCGAAUGCAGUAGUAGGAAUGGCCAAAAUUGCAGGACAACAAUCUGAUUCUGGGGAAACUGAAUCCCCUUCUGGCCAGUCACCUUUGCGACAACAGUCUCCAUCAUUGCCAGGAACAGUACACCACCCUCAUUCAAUGCAAAAUUUGGUUGAGCAAGAAAUGCCGCAGAAUCUCAAAACAACUCAAUUUUUGGGAGGUCCGAGAAGUCAACAUAUUAGAGAUCCCUCUCCUACCCAUCGGCCCAUUGUUCAGGUUAGUAACUUGCGAAGAUCACAGGAAAAGGACAUGCAGGGCCCAUUAUCUUCUGUAACAUCUUUCCGACCAAAGCUUCAGCAACAGAAGCUGGACCCUUCUCAGACUGUUACUGCUAAAACUAAGCUGCCCCAAUCUAAAAUUUCUUUAGCCAGAGAAACAUCAGAACAGUUGACCCCAAUUAAUUUGCCAGCUGCAGCUAUCAAGAGUGGAAUCAACCCCAAAAAAUCAAUUACCAGUAAUCUGGAUCCAAGGAAUCUUCCAUCUCAGUCUGGGGUUCAGCCUACUCGGGCUGGUAGGUCUUCUACCACGCUAAUUUCUUCAGGGUCUGCAGUUGCAUCACCAUCUUCAUUAGAUCCUCGGCAUAAUGAUUCAUCCACACUGCCAAAAAAACCUCAAGUAAAGGCUGGACAACCACCACGAAGGCUUUCUACUCAACCACCCGCUUCCUCUAAUGUGAGCAGUUCCUCAGCCCUGAGCUUAAAUGCUACCAAUAACUUAAAUCCGAUUACAAACCUUUUAAGCUCAUUGGUUGCAAAGGGUUUGAUAUCUGCAGAAACAGAAUCGCCAAAUAUGGUACCAAGUGAGGUGCCGAUGGGAUCCAAAGAUCAAACUGAAAACAUUACCACUAGUUGCUCUUCACCAGUUACAACAGUUUCUGGUUCUGUAGCUGUCCCAGUAUCAUCUUCCAGAGAUGAGGUAGACUCUGCUUCAAAGACCUCUCUUUUGUUACCUCAAUCAACUAGCACGGAAAUCAGAAAUCUCAUUGGCUUUGAUUUUAGACCCAAUGUAAUUCGAGAUUUCCAUCCACCUGUAAUUAGCGAAUUAUUGGAUGAUUUCCCUCAUCAUUGCCAAGUUUGCGGUAUUAGGCUUAAACUAGAAGAACAGUUUAAUAGACACUUGGAGUGGCAUGCCACAAGAGAACAUGGUCUAACUAAUGCUUCAAGAAGUUGGUACCCAAAGUCAAGUGAUUGGAUUGCUGGCAAGGCAGAAUAUUCAUCCGAUCUUGAAUUUACCGACUCUGUUGAUGUGCAUGACCAAAAAACAGACAGCAGUCAACUGGAUACGAUGAUUGUAGCAGAUGAAAACCAGUGCUUGUGUGUAUUGUGUGGCGAGCUAUUUGAAGAUGUCUACUGUCAGGAAAGGAACGAGUGGAUGUUCAAAGGGGCCGUUUACAUGAACUACACAGAUAUCAAUAGUGAGAUGGAAAGUAUAAAUGUGGGUCCCAUCAUUCAUGCCAAAUGCUUAUCAGAGAACUCAAUUGCCGCCAAUUUGGAUAAUGAUUGAUGAUUUACUUCUAUAGCAUUUGAGCUAUGGCGUAGUCAUAAGCUUACCAAGGGUACCCACCUAGUUUCACAUUGCAUGCUAAUUUUUGAUGGUCCCUUUAUACUGAAAUUUAUUGCCUCUAACCGGUCCUUAGAGCUGUCAAACAAAUUUUGUGCUCGUUUUUGUUUAUUAUUCUUGUACCCGGGAAAAAAAUUACGUAGUGUUCAAAAUAUAUAAAUGCGAGAUAGAAUUUUGCAGCUAAACUUGAUCGUUGAUGUGGUUAACAUUAUAUCACUAUGUAGAGGCGGAUUUUGUGCAUUUAACGUAUAUUGUGAUAAUAAUAAGCAAAGAACCCAGGCCAUGGUAAUCCAAAUGUCCGAUUACAUAUGUAUCGGUUAAAUAACUAUGAUUUUGAUUUCCCUCUUAA